AUGGUAGACUAUCAUAUCACAAAGCCCUCUCAUAGGUAUCAUCCGUACUCUGUAACUGGUGUUUCCUUAUAUCAACGAAAGAAUAGGCAAGAGUCGAUAACUCAGGUGCAUCCUGAUCAAGUUGUCUCUAAUUUAUUCUCAAGUAUCGAACAACCACAAGCUUUUAUGCAUCCUUUGAUUAAUUUUGACGAUGGCCAAAUUAACAACUACGGAAACUCGUUUGAAUUGCAAGACAAUCAAAUUGGAUUCCUACAAAGUGAACAACU